GCACGCCAGAGCCAGACAUUAGGGAAGGGGAGAGAGAGAGAGAGAGAAGGGAGGGAGAGGGAGGUGUUGGGGGGAAGGGGUGCGGUUUGUAAUGAAGCUGGUAUCCCUACAGCAGCUAUCUGAUGCACACACUGAUGGGAUCUGGUCGGUGGCGUGGGCGCCGCCCAAUCCGUCGUCGCCACAGCCGAUCUUGUUAUCGGGAUCUCUAGACGAAACUGUAAAGACCUGGUCGCUCAACGAAGAUUCGUUGUCGUUAAUUAGAACCAAUCAAGGGCAUGCUCUCGGCGUAGUGGGUGUUGCGGCGGAUCCGACGGGCAGGCUAGCUGCAUCUUCCUCCCUCGAUUGCAUCGUACGGCUAUGGGACAUCGAGACCAACGAGACGAAGGCUUUGUUCGAGAGCCCGCCGUCGGAAUCUUGGGGAUUGACCUUCGAUCCCGACGGCAAAUCCCUGGCAGUGGCAGGCGGCAGCAGCCGUACGAUCAAAGUCUGGUCUAUGGAAACCCUAAACGAGGAGGUUACGAUGGAGAUUCCCAGGAAUGCGGGUUCCAGCGAGACUAUGCUUCCUCCUCAAAGUAGCGCAGCCAUAGCCGCCGCCGUUGCAGGGAAGUUCGUCUUGGCAGUGGCCAUAUCAGCCGAUGGAAGACGGCUUGCCGCCAGCACCAUGGAUGGCACGAUUGCCAUCUUCGACAUGUUCAAGGGGAAGAUGCUUCACACGCUGAAGGGGCACUGUAUGCCGGUUCGAUCGCUGGCGUACUCUCCUGUGGAUCCACGUGUCUUGCUCUCCGCGUCGGACGAUGGACACGUGCACAUGUAUGAUGCAGAGAGCCGGUCGUUGGUGGGCGCAAUGUCGGGACACGCGUCAUGGGCGCUGAGCGUCGCAAUUUCACCUGAUGGCCAGGCAGCUGCCAGUGGGUCUAGCGAUCGUGUCGUCAGACUCUGGGAUCUUGGCACGCGCUCCUGUGCUCAGGUGCUCAACGACCAUCAGGACCAGGUGUGGGGUGUUGCCUUUACCGCUGCGGCCGCUCCCGGCGAGAAGAUGCGGGGUUACAGACUUGUGACAGUCUCUGAUGACAGAAGCAUUGCCCUAUACGACUAUUCUUGACUGAAAUCUCCGCAAUAUACACACAUAUACGUGGGAAAAAAGAAGAGCGAGCGAGCGAGCGAG